AUUGAGACUUGUAAAAGCAUUUUUCACGUGUCACGUUUCAUGUGUCACGUCAAAAAAAUACAUAACAUUACGGCUGCAUCUUAAAGAUAGGCUACAGGCAACUUAAAAUCGUUUCACUUAGCAUCAAUCUCAUCAAAAUUUGAAAACGAGAUCGGCCAUUACCUUCCUUUUUACUUUAGCCUAUGCUGAAUCUGGCAUUCAUGCAGCUUGAAUUUUGAUUCAUGGGAUAAGCGCGUCAUUGUGUGCCAUUUCUUUGCAACUGAAGAAAAUAUCAGGAGACUUGCCUAUCUGGAAAAGUGCCAGAAACACGACUGAUCAAAGGUCACAGCUGUACACAGGUGUUUAUAAACAAUUUGACAACAAAUUGAUCAUUUCACCCUGUGUCGUCAAGUCCUUCACGCAGGUGCUUUUUUGCGUUUCAGAUUUCAGAUGUUCAGACAGACCUGAACGACAUGAAUAGGCCUAGUCGGCACAGGUCUUGCAUGACAAAGCAUAUGUCAGAUAUAGGCUGUCGGCGUAUACCCAUUCAGACAGCAGAUUCGGUCCCACCAGGAGGAGCCUACAAAGCCACUGCAGGGUUAUUCUUUUUUCAGUUGAGUUACAAAGCAUCUAUUCAUUUUACCCUCCCAAUGGAACCAGGCACUGAAGCAUGCACGUGACAUAAAAAGUUUAACCCAAAAUCAGCCUUAUGCAAUCAAAAUAGGCACUGACUAAAGCACGAGUCGGUACCGACGAUUUAGUCUUGUCCUCACACGUGAGAGAUGAAAGAGGAAUGCGAUAUACAAUUGUUAGCUGAGGUAAGCCUAUACAUUUCGGAACCAUGCCAAACCAACAAUUGAAAAUGAAUUUCAAUGAUCUAUGUUGGUAUUUGAUGCGCCAUAAGAAUGUGGAGGUAAUAUUAGGCUACAUGUUGAUCAAGUUUUCAGUUGUAGGCCAGUUGAAAUACUGAAAUCCUUCAGGCCUUGCAGCCUCAGCAGCAAAUAGCCUACUUAUCCCGCAGUUGUGAAAAGAUUAUGCCAUAUGAGUGCAAUUUACCCAACAAAAUAGGCCAUAAAACCGCAUAAGCCUUUGGAUCUAUCUCUAGCCAUGCCAAUGAGGUAUUAGACUUUGCCAGCCUUCCACUUCCACACAGUGCUAGACAUCCAGACUCCCGCAAGAUGUCGCCAUGGACGUGACUUUGCCUGAUUUGGGCUCAAUUUGAUUAUCCAUCCUUCCACAGAGCCUACGUGUAGGUUCAUUAACACGAUGCGAUUUGUUGAAAUAUGAGUUUGAAACCCUUUUUAUAAUUGCUUAACAAUAUUGUAUUUUACACACAAUUUAUAAAUUAGCCGCUGCUACCGAAUGAGGGCUUUUUUGUAUUUGUAUCUGUCGGUAUUUUGACACUUAACUUGCCAGAUAUGCGUGUAGCCUACAUGCGAUGAAGCGCAAACGCAAAAAGUAAUCAAUUAGCCGACAUUUGUGGAAAUUGUCGAACCCUUCCAUUUACGGACAUUUAUCCUUUCAAUCCUUCUUUUUCAAUGGUAGUUCCAGAACAAAUACUUUCAUGAGGCACUCUUUUGAGAUCUUAGUCUCUGCAGUACCUAGGGUGAAUACAGGUAAGGGACACUUUCAGAAAAAUUGCUUUGUACGUCACCUUUUGUCAUGAACGUAUUAUCAAACAUGAUACCUUUAUGAAAAGCUUAAAGUCUCCCUUAAACUAUUCAUGAGGAAAAAACAUGAAAGACCAAACACAGGAAGCAUGACCCUUCUUUGAAUCUCUGCUGACCAAACCCCAAAUAUUUUGAUGUGCUAUUGGUAAAGUGGGACACCUGUCAAAGUGGGACAGCGUUAUUAUCUAUUUAAGUAUUACAUUUAAGUAUUUUAAAAUACAUGUUCUAUUAUAGUAUAUAGUAUAGGCUAUUAAGUAUAACACUUAACUUCUUUACUCGAAAUAAAAAUCUAAGGCUACUUUAAUGCACUCUACUCACUCUACUUAUUCAACAUUCUCUUGAUCCCUGCCCUUAUCUUCUCUUUCUCGUUCCUCAUCUUCCCCCUUGUCUGUUUAACCGUUAUAUCCUGAAAUACAUUUUUAACUGUUUUACAUGAUACAAAAAAUAAGUCAAUUAUAGCCUAUCCCAAAGUAGUUACUAUUAAUAGAUGCAAUCAUUAUUGACAAUUCAUAAUAAACACAGAAAAAGGGUACACAAACCCCCUUUAAAAGGACUACUGACUUUUCAUAGAUUUUGGAGAUCCUGUCGUUGAAAAGACACAUGCCACUCCCCCAAAAGUGACAUGACAAAUAUAGAACCCCACCAAUUCAGCCCUUUACCCUCCAAGGAUGAACUCUGUUAUGAGUUUUGAUCAGUUUUGGGAUUCAGGUGGAUGAGCGGUUAGGGAAUCGGGCUAGUAAUCUGAGGGUUGCCAGUUCAAUUCCCGUCCGUGCGAAAUGACGUUGUGUCCUUGGGCAAGGCACUUCACCCUACUUGCCUCGGGGGAAUGUCCCUGUACUUACUGUAAGUCGCUCUGAAUAAGAGCGUCUGCUAAAUGACUAAAUGUAGUAUUUACACAUGAAGACACAGACGAUCAAGCUUAAGUCUCCCACUUUACCCUCUGUCCCACUACCUAUUUACCCUAUAAUGCUAUUACAUGUCUAAAUGUGGAUUUGAAAAUGUGCUACGGCCUCAUGAGUUAAUCUGGGGUACACUAUCAGUGUAAAACAUUACUGCAGAAUAAUACAUUAUUAAUUUGAAAAAGGAUCAAUCUAAAUGAGGAAAACGCUCAAGAAAUCAACCCUUGUGGGAUACUUCAUUCGAUAGUGGCAUACUAAAUACUCCAUUAAAGCUGUUGAGAGUCUGCACGUUGGUCAAAGAAACAGAUGGCUAGAGCCUUUCCGGAUUGUCUUUACAGAAAGCUAAAAGAAAGCGACAAUGAGACUUACAGCGUUAAAUGGACUGGCAUUCACUCUGGCAAAGGCUAAUUUGGCCGUGCACUUACCACCAGUGAAUUAGUCAGUGCUUUCCAAUCAUUUAGGUUAAACUUACCUACUUAAGUAGCCUAAUGUUUUCGUUUUGUAGAGUGUAAUUUCUGAAAUUAUAAUGAUAUAAAUCUAUAUAUCCCAGCCUACGCUUGAAACGUUGUGUGACCUGCAGCGACGACCUCUGACGCACGCGCCCAAAUCAAUGACAAAAGUGGUAUGAUGCAGUGAAAAGUCACAUCCAGUUGUAGUCACAGCAGCGGAUAGGCUCACAUUCAAAGAGCUUCUCUGUUAUACAAACAAGUCUGGGGAUACAUGUUGUGCUUGGGGAUGUUUUAUCACCAAGUUUACUUUGGAGAUCAUGUUAAUGAUGGUGGAUACAAUGUCACUAAAGCCGGUCUUUUUAGCUUUACUGUGUUUAUACUGGCGACAGUGUGUGGCUGACCUGUGUAACUGGAGUGGAAGUGGUUUGGCGCGUGAAACUCACUCUCGGACGGUGCUGCAGGUGCGGCUGCGCUGCACGGAAGGGUCGGUAGAGUGGGUGUACCCGAACCAAGCUUUGAGGGUUGUCCUGGAGCCCAAUCUUUCAUCUUCACGCCACACAACAGUGUGCAUCAAACCGUUCCGCAACUUCCGUGGCGCCAGUGUAUACAUCGAACGUGGUGGGGAACUGGAUUUGUUGUUGGCUGAUGAAGGGCGUCCUGAGCAGGUGUUCUGUUUUCGGGCGGAUGGACCGCAGAAACCAGCUAUUUUUCUUCAGGCCAACCUGGAAAGCGAUAUCAGCCGACGGCCCGUGGGCUUCAGAUACGAGUUGCUUGGAAACCGGAGUACAGCGCCAAACCUGGGCAAAACUGCCUGCCGGCCCUGCAACAACACUGAACAGCUUCUUGCCAUCUGCACCAGUGACUUUGUUGUCCGUGGCUCCAUCAGAAGCGUAUCCCAUGACAAGGAGCGGCAGACCUCGCUGGUGGAGAUCUCAGAAGGGAGGAUGUUCCGCCAACGCAGUGGGGUGUUUGAACGAGAGACGGCCACCGCAGGGGCAACCAGGUCUGGGUCCUCCUGGCACGGACACAUCCACACCCUUCUACAGUGUCAUGUGAAGCCAGGGGGUGGGGAGUUCCUCUUUACAGGGUCAGAGCACUUUGGGGAAGCCUGGUUAGGCUGCGCCCCGCGAUACAAAGACUUCCUGUCUCUAUACCACAAAGCUCGGAAGGCCCGUUUGAAUCCCUGUGACUUCCCCCUGGACUGAUUGUCACUUCUAGAGCCCUGCUCUCUGCUUAAAAACUAUAUUUACUCUAAAUGGAACACAAUCCCCAGAGUCUCUCCACUGUGACACCACAGGGUGACUUUGUUGACUUGCCACAACAACGCCUGUAUGCCAUUGCCGUGGCUCCGUGCAAAAUCAGCAGGGACCGAUCUGGUGUAGACCUAGGGCAGAGGUCCCGGUGGAAGUUAGAGCUACGGGUUCUCCUGAGGCCGUGCCUGCUUCACUGGGGGGCGGGGCAGGGGGGGGGGACAACUUAGAGAGCCUGGGCCUUUGUCUUUCUCCCCUCACAACCCACUCCCCAGCAGCCGAUAGAAGGCUGGACGGCUGCUUCUCUUUGUGCUUUCUUCUGCUUUGACUGCUGCUCACUUUAGAGCCUACGUAUCAGAGUUGUCCCCUGAACAGAUAUAGCAAUUUUGAGGAAUGUGUCUGUUCAUGAAUAGAUAGGUUUUAUUUACACCCAUCAGUGCAUUUGUUUUGUUUAAAACAUUUUAUGGAUAUAGUUGAUGGUGAUGUAUAAUUAUUUACUUAUUAUCUGGAUUCCAAACAGGGUAAAGAUGAUGUUCCUGGAGCACACUAUCAGUUUGUAUGCUGACAAAUAUAAAAAAAGACGCUUCGAUCUCCAGAGGAAUCCAGGAUUAAACAUCUUCAUUCAUCAUUACAUUGCGUGAAAUCUUUCCGAUUUUUUUACCCUUUACAAGGAAUCCAAACUGUAAUAUGUAACACUUAUCAAAUAAAAUAAGUUGAAGGGCUUGAACAGAUAUUGUAACAGUCUUGCCUAAUAAAAUAAAUUAAAUAACUGAACAGAUACAUUUUGAUUGGAAAUGAAAACAUUGGGUCUAAUUGGAUGGAAAGUCCUGAAUCCCCCCCCCACACACACACACACACACACACCACCACCACCCCGCCCCCUCCCCCCUCCAUAUUGAUGGGCGUGGCUGUCAUUGCUGCAUUGUAGCAAGCCAGUGAACUGAGCAAUGCAGAGUGGGGUUUUACAGAAACACUGGGUUAGUGAAUGAACAGGCCUGCUUUUCUUCAACCUCAUGAUAAAUCUCACUAUCUCUCUAUUCCUCCUUUAUCAAGCAGGUUCAUAUAGAAACCUUAGCAAUGUUUUCAUAAAAAAAAAUGCAAUGAAUUAUGGCAGAUUUAUAUGUAUUCGACAUUAACAGAGUUAUGAUUUAGAUCAGCAUAUAACAUUGUUUUACCAAUGUUCAGGUAAUUAAUUAAUUUGGCUUCAAAACAUUGCUAUCCAAAAUAUUGCACAAUGUAUGCCAUCAAAAGUCUAAAUGCGAAACAAUUAGAAAUAUAGCUAGGGGUAAUGAAGUAUAUAACAGCAAAGUCUCAAGAACAAAGCAUUAAAGUCUUACAAACACAAGAUCA